UCAGCGAACAGGGCGCAGCUGCUAAUGCUAGCUCGUCUCUCCUCCAACAACAACAACAACAACAACUGCGCAGUUUAAUAACAACAGUUUAGCUCAGACACGCUUCACUUCUCUUCUCAUCUAACAACACGACACGGCAGGAUGUCAGUCUCCAUCACCAAAGCUGAGGGGGUCUCUGUGUUUACUUUGACCUUUGACCCCAAAAGUGCUUUGCCGCCCCUGUGCCAAAUCUUCCAGGCUCUUUGCUGCAGUCCUGUGUGGUGCUCUGUGUCCAAGCACCUGCGGGGUGUCCAGGGCAAGGCUCACUCAGUCCUCGGGACUCUGCACAUUAUGGUUGGACUGCUCUACAUUGGACUGGGAACAAUUCUUCUUUCCUCUGGAAGUGGUUCAGGUUGGCGAAUGGAUGAAACACGGUAUCCUCUUUGGAUGGGAGCAUUCUUUAUCGUGUUUGGCAUCGUGAGUUUUUUGUCAGAGAAGUUCCCGAGUCCAUGUCUGGUCACCAUGAGUGUGACUCUGAACAUGGCAGGCGCUGUCUUUGCUGUGGCAGCCUUCAUCCUCUACGCCGUCAAUAUGAACGACGCAUCGCUGUACUGGAUGUGUAGGAGUGACGAUGACGAUUACAGGUUCAGCGACCCGAAGACGCCGUCUGUAGAGCAGGACCGGAUCCUGCAGACUUGUCUGUCUGGCCGCCUUCUGGUCCUGCUGCUGCUCAAAAGCAUCAAUGGUGUGCUGUUGGUCUUGUCUUUGCUGGAGUUCUGUGUCACCAUCUCCUGUGUGGUCUUGGGGAUAAAGGCUCUCAUGAGCCAGGAGAAGUUUACUCACAAGAUUACGUCUGAACCAGAACUCUACAAACCACUUCUGGAGGAAGUAACUCUUAACGCCUGAACUGCAGCGUCUCUGUAGCGUGUCAGUCAUCAGUGCUUUACAUUAUCCAGCUUCUAAACCCUGUAUAUCAUCUGUAAUAUGUUUGCACUCGUAGUUUUGAUGCAUGUGUUGCUUUGAUUAGGAUUUUGAAUGAGUUUUCCUUCCAUUUCAUCACCAUAAAGAUUUCUAUUUCAUUUAUAUUUUACUUUUCUAUUAUCAGCUUCAUUGAUUCUUGUCCUUUCAAAAAAUGUCACAUUUUAAAGGAGGUUCAUGUCCCAUGUGUGUGUGUGUAUGCUGUGUGUAUUGAUUGGAUUGAGUCACUUUUGUUUAACCUGUGAUGGGAAAUAACUCCGUUGUAAUGUGCUUGUAGAUUAAUUGUUUUUGUAUUUUCUUUGCUUAUUUAAUUUCUAUUCUAUUGCACUAGAGUAAAAUAUAUUUUUUUAUUUGAUUUAAAACUUGCACGACAUGUAAUAACAAUAUGGUGGAUUGUUUAUUUAAACCCCCAUCACAUUAAAUUGAAUCAGUAACAUUUGGUUUUCUUGUAUGAAACAGUAGAUUGUGUUUAGUUACAACUGUCAUCAUUCCAGUGAGUCCUAAAAACAGACCAGGUGUAGUGGUUGAAAUCAUGCUAAACGUAAAGCUCUAGUUUGUAACUUUUAAAUCAAAACAAAUCUGGUACAUUUAAACAGUUUAAAGUGCUGAUGUGUUUUUUUGUUUCUGUGUCUGUGGCGAAAUACCCUCGCUUACACACAGAGUGACACAUUGUACGUCUCUGACCAGCUGCCUGAUGAUGUGCCUGCGUGCAUUAAUCACAGCUGCUGCUGUUCCCUUCACCACGCAGCUCUAAUUAAAUGUCCUGGAUUUAGUCUUGCAUCCGACAAACCAAAGUACUGCAGAAACAGAAUCAGAUGACAACCUUGCUUUUAUGUAUGUGUGUAAGAGAGAGAGAGAAAGAGAAAACGAGGUCAUGGACUGCAGGGUCUCAGAGACUGCAGACUUUCAGUCAAUACUAAGAAAUCAACAGGGGGCAUAGGAGGUUUUGCUCUGGAGCGUCGUAUAACAUUUUAUAUUCAUGUACACGUUUACAAUUUAGAGAAUUCAUUUUGGUGGAUUGUUCUCUGAUGUAACAAUGCUUCUUGGCAAUAAAACCUAUGGUGGAAAGUC